CUGGAGGCGUUUUGGGAGCCCAGAGCUAGGAGUGUGGACGGUGUGCUGUGCUCCUCCUCUUCCAGCACAGCUUCUGCCUGCUCUCUGCCCGGGUCUUGGGGGGGAGACAGCCUGAAGAAGGGGGCGCACAGGAGACAGGGGGCACUCUACCAGGGAAAGGACGCUGCACAAGAGGGCAAGAGCUGGAGGUGGAGAAAAGACCUGGCCAGGAUCAAGGAGGAAGGCAGCAUGUCCCGUCUUUCUCUAACGCGUUCGCCGGUCUCCCCGUUGGCAUCGCAAGGAAUUCCUCUCCCUGCCCAGCUCACCAAAUCCAACGCUCCCGUCCACAUCGACGUCGGCGGGCAUAUGUACACCAGCAGCCUGGCUACCCUGACCAAGUACCCGGACUCCAGAAUAAGUCGUCUUUUUAAUGGCACAGAACCCAUCGUGUUGGACAGUUUAAAACAGCACUACUUCGUCGAUCGGGACGGCGAGAUUUUCCGCUAUAUCUUGAGUUUUCUACGGACCUCCAAGCUGCUGCUUCCAGAAGACUUUAAGGAAUUCGGCCUGUUGUAUGAAGAAGCCAAAUACUACCAGCUGCUCCCGAUGGUGAAGGAGCUUGAGCGAUGGAAACAGGACAAGGAGCACCGGAAGCACUUCCAGCCUUGUGACUGUCUCGUGGUGCGGGUGACUCCAGACCUUGGCGAGAGGAUUGCGCUGAGUGGGGAAAAGGCUUUAAUAGAGGAAAUCUUCCCGGAGACCGGCGAUGUCAUGUGCAACUCGGUAAACGCUGGGUGGAACCAAGACCCUACCCACGUCAUCAGGUUUCCACUAAAUGGCUAUUGCAGAUUAAACUCCGUUCAGGUGCUCGAAAGACUGUUUCAAAAGGGAUUCCACGUGGCCGCCUCUUGCGGCGGCGGAGUUGACUCCUCGCAGUUUAGCGAAUACGUAUUGUGCCGAGAGGACAGGCGGGUGCAUCCAAACACAAUGAGGAUAAAACAGGAGCCCUUGGACUGAUCCAUAAUGGUUUAUCUUUGC